CGAUAACAAAACACGUAAUAAGUCCAGUGUCGAAGCAAAUAGAACUCUCCGCUGUUCUAUGUAGUUAGAACACCGCCACAGUUUGGAUUACCUGAAGAAUCAAUUUAACUGUCGACUACAGACAACAUGUUUUCCAACUGGUGGAAGUUUGGAAGAGACAGAUCCACCGAUGUGGACCUCUUCUCAGACGGCUCUGAGUCCCCUGCAGAGACUCUGUCCCAGGCCAUCAGAGCCGCUGCCUCCCAGGAGCCGGAUGCAGAUGGCAGCCUGUUGUUUGGCCAGCUGAGGGGCACCGUGGUCGGGCUCAGAUAUUACACCGGCGUGGUCAACCGAGGGGAGAUGGUGGGUUUAGUACGAGAGCCUCAUAAUCCGUACGACAAGAACGCGGUGAUGGUCACCAACGUGUUAGGCAGACAGGUGGGACACAUCAGGAAGGAGCUGGCUGCAGCCAUGGCGCAUGUUAUGGACAACAACUUGGCUAAAGUAGAGGGGGUGGUUUACUCAGGGACCAACAACAGCUUCUCCAUGCCGGUCACACUGUCGUUCUUGGGGAGCGAGGAGAACAGAGACGCUGUGGUGAAGCACAUGGCGAGUCGAGGGUUCAAACUGGACGCGGACGGAGGCGGAGCCGCAGGCGCAAAGGGGAGAUCUUUUGGCAGCCCGGGUUCCUCGUUUUCCUUCAAGAAAGGCGUGACCAUCCCGCUGACUGCAGAGGAGUUAAAGAAUGCCUUUGACAACUUAUUCGAGGGUUUGAUGCAGAGCAAAGAUGGGGAGAAAGAAGCAGCCGAGUCUGUGGUCACGCCGCUGCUGCCUCACCAGAAGCAGGCGCUGUCCUGGAUGUGCGCUCGGGAAAAUGAAGACGUGCUGCCGCCGUUCUGGGAGAAGCGAGGCGACCUGUACUACAACAGCCUCACGUGUUUCUCCGCCACAGAAAUACCAGAGAGAGUUCGGGGGGGAAUACUGGCUGAUGACAUGGGGCUGGGUAAAACGCUAACAACCAUCGCUCUGAUCCUUACCAACUUCCACCAAGGGAAGCCCUUGCCUGUGGAGAGAUGUGAUGGGCCAUUUUCACCCACCAAAGCUAAGAAAAAGGCACUGGAAGGCUUUAAACUGCAAGGGAGCAGCAGUGCAGUUAUUUCAGCAGGAGUAAGUUCCCACUGCUCCGCCAUUCCAAAGGAGGACGUGAUCGACGCAGACGUGGUGCAGGUAGAAGACGAGCCUCAGAAAAGCACCAGCAAAGAGAAGCACAAACCCACGAAGCGCAAACCCAGCAAAGAGGGUCCGCUGUUACUCGAAGAUCUGGACUUUGCUGCUGCCUUGAGUUGCGCGACGUCGGAGACCACGCCAAAGAAGAAAACAACAGAGAAAAGCAAACUUAAACAGAGUGUGGAGAUGUCCGUCUCCGAAAGCACAGAUGACUUGUCAGCGAAGGCAACUCUCAUCGUCUGUCCUCUCUCCGUGCUCAGCAACUGGCUGGACCAGUUCAAGCAGCACCUCCGGUUCAAUGUGAAGGUCAACAUCUAUCUGUACUACGGUUCUGAGCGCAACAGGAGCAAGACCUUUCUGUCCUCUCAGGAUGUGGUGAUCACCACCUACAACGUCCUCUCGACCGACUUUGGCAGUAAGAGUCCUUUACAUGGGAUCAACUGGCUGAGGGUGGUUCUGGACGAAGGGCACAUCAUCCGAAACCCAAACGCACAGAUGAGCAAAGCCGUGCUCGAGCUGAAAGCUCAGAGACGUUGGAUUCUGUCAGGCACUCCCAUCCAGAACAGCGUGAAGGACUUGUGGAUGCUGCUUGCCUUCUUGCGGCUGAAGCCCUUCGAUGUGAGGGAGUGGUGGAACCGGGUCAUCCAGAGGCCGGUCAUACAAGGGGACAGAGCCGGCCUGCAGAACCUCCAGAACCUGGUGAAGUGCAUCACCCUGAGGCGGACCAAGAACAGCGAGGUAAACGGUCGCCGCCUGGUGUCGCUGCCCAAGAAGACGGUUUACGUGGAGCAGGUGGAGCUCAGCCCGGAGGAGAGGAUGGAGUACAACCUGGCCCGCUUCGAGGGAAGACGCACAAUCGGCAGAUAUGUAGCCGAAGGGUCCGUGUUGAGGAAUUACGCCGACGUUCUCGCCAUCUUGAUGCGGCUGAGGCAAUACUGCUGCCACCCUGAUCUGAUCGGGGAAAUAACCGCAGAUUUAGCCACAGCAAACACUCCGGCGGAGCUGCGGCAGCGGCUGGUGGAGAAAAUGCGGCUGGUGUUGGCCAGCGGAUCGGACGAGGAAUGCUCCGUGUGUCUGGACUCCAUCCGAAUGCCCGUCAUCACUCACUGCGCCCACGUGUACUGCCGGCCGUGCAUCGCGCAAGUCAUCAGCAGUGAGCAGAAGGCCCGAUGUCCGCUCUGUCGAAGCGAAAUCAAGACCAGUGAGCUGGUGGAGUUUCCUCCGGAGGAGGAGAUGGAAGAUGAGAAAAGUGUGAACUCUGACAGGUGGAGGACAAGCUCAAAGGUUCAGGCGCUGAUGAGAAACCUGCUCCGGCAGCGGGCUGAGGACGUCAACAUCAAGUGUCUGGUCGUCUCUCAGUUCACGCGCUUCCUCACCGUCCUUCAGACGCCGCUCAGAGACCACGGCUUUAGCUUCGUGCGUCUGGACGGCACGGUGAGCCAGAAGAAGAGAACUCAGAUCAUCCAGGAGUUUCAGAGCUCUGCGGCGGACAGCCCCAAAGUCAUGCUUCUGUCGCUGAAAGCCGGAGGGGUGGGGCUGAACCUGACCGCAGCGUCUCGUGUUUUCCUCAUGGAUCCCGCCUGGAACCCGGCUACUGAAGAGCAGUGCAUCGAUCGCUGCCACCGUUUAGGCCAGAAGAGAAAUGUUGUCGUCACCAAGUUCAUUGUGAAGGAUUCAGUGGAGGAGAACAUGGUGAAGAUCCAGAAGAAGAAGCAGGACUUGGUGGAGAAGGCGUUUGGCUCCACCAAUACCGACAGGAAAACGUCUCGGGUCGAUGACAUCAAAGCUCUGUUGGAGAUGUAGACGUCCGGCACCCAGUGGAGGGCGCCGAUACUCAUUCCUUCUGCUUUGCUUGUUUACAUUAAAGUGUCCAGGUAAAGAGCAUUUGAUCUGGAUGUGUGAUUUGCAUAAAACUGCAGUAAAAACAAAAUAGCUUAAGUUCAUGCCUUGUUUUGCUAAAAGAGAUAAAAAUGCAUUUCUGUGGUAUGAGGCUUGAUUUAACAAAAUUCACCAGUUGUCACAAUGAUUGGAUGUGAUCCAAUUUUGCAAUACAACAUUCAAUUUCUUGCCGCAUAACUUUCAGAAAAUAAAAACUAAAUAAGAAAA